GGAGCUUCGGCCCGGGCGUGAUGGCGGCGGCGGAGGCUGCGGCCCGGGUGGCGGCGGAGGGCCGGGCGGCCGGGAUGGGGGCGGCGGCGGCGGCGGCGGCGGGGCAGCGGCUGCUGCUGCGGGCGGCGGGGGCCGGGGCCGGGGCGGCCGAGCGGGUGGAGCCGGCGCGGGGCCGCGGCGGGCUGUAGGCCGCGCCAUGGAGCGGCCCGGGAGCGGCGGCGCCGAGGGGGCCUGGGCCGCGCUGCUGGGCCGGCAGCACCAGCAGGCCCGGGAGUACUGCCCGGGGGUGAACAACCAGCCCUACGUGUGCGAGACGGGGCACUGCUGCGGGGAGACCGGCUGCUGCACCUACUACUACGAGCUGUGGUGGUUCUGGCUCCUCUGGACCAUCCUCAUCCUCUUCAGCUGCUGCUGCGCCUACCGGCACCGCCGGGCCAAGCUGCGCCUGCAGCAGCAGCAGCGGCAGCGGGAGAUCAACCUCAUCGCCUACCACGGUGCCUGCAACUAUCCCACCUCCAUGAUGGACCUCAGGAUGCUGGCUUCCUUCAAGCUGCCCGCCUAUGAGGAGGUGGCCCACCACCCCAGCACGCCCCCGCCGCCCUACAGCGCCAUCCUGGCCCAGCUGAGCGGGCCCCGCAGCCGCCUGGGCUCCAGCAGCCUCACCCUCUCGCCCAGCUCGGAGAACUACACCAGCUGCUCCUGCGAGUCGAGCUGCGCCACGUCCCCCAGCAGCACCUCGCUCUCGGUGCAGGUGACGGACGAGACGGAGCGCAGCCGGGCCAGCACGCCCAGCGAGGAGGGUGGCACCAGCAGCACCGGCACCGGCGCCAGCUGGGAGCUGCCCCCUGAGGAGGCGCCGGCCCGCGGGGCCCCACACAAGCACGCGCUUUUCUCCUCCACCGUGGACUUCUUCGAGGCCGACUGCCACCCCUGCUCCGACAUCGAGGAGGGCGAGGAGGAGGAGGGCGGCGCGGCACAGGAGGAGGGCAACAGCGCCGGCGGCGAGCAUUUCCGGCACCGGCGCCUGACGGGGGACUCGGGCAUCGAGGUGGGGCGCUGCCAGGAGGAGGAGGAGGGUGAGGGUGAAGGCACCCACCUCCUGGGCAAGGCCAGCCCCGUGCCCUCGCCCCGCUGCGGGCUGCCGGGCCAGGGGGGCGGUGAGGGGCCCAGCUCGCCCGCCCUGCCCAUCUGAGCCCGCGUCCCCUGCCCUCUCCGCUGCCUGCUAGCUUGCCUGGCCCCGUCUGCUGCCCGUUCCCCCUGCCGGUACGUGGGGUGGGGGCAGGCAGCUGCACCACGGGCCCUGCCCCUGCCUGUCCUGCGCCCCCCCCGCCUUGGAGCAGCUGUGGGGGUGCGGCGGGUGCGACCCCCCCUGCUCAGAGGGCGCCCGGCGCAGGCAGAGUGGGACGGGCGGCGUGGUGGCGGGGGCUGCCUCCCCCUCCCGGUGCUGGCCUGGGCAUGGGCCCCCCCAUGUCCCCGCUGCUGGGGGCUCAGGGCAGCGUCCCCGGGGUCUGGACUCUCGCCACGGAGCCCCCGGGGGCCCCUUGCCCCGACUGAGCCCCUCUUUCCUCGCGCCCCGUCGUGUCCGGUCCCUUGCGCGGCACGGCCCUGCUGCCGGUGUGGUCCCACCGGAGCCCCCUCCCCUCCGAACUGCUUCCAGGGGCUGCAGCCACCGGGCCCCCGUGCCCGCCCCGUCCCCUCCGCGCUGCCGGUGCCGCUGCCCGGGGCGGGGGCGGGGAGGGGGCCGUGUCCGCCGGGGGACAGGCAGUUCACGUAGCGUUCUCUCACCAUUAAAGAGAUGUGGAAGUA